AUGCGUUCUUUUGUGACUGGUGUACCAUUACUACGUAGUGCAAAUCUGAAUGACAAUGCCAAAUGGAUACAAAAUGGUGUCACUAUUGCUGGAGGAGAUUGGGGUGGUAGUGAAAUGAAUCAAUUCUACGGUCCAAGUGGUUUGUGCGUUGAUGAUGAUCAAACUGUCUACAUUGCUGACUGUAACAAUCAUCGUAUUGUAGAAUUGAAAUGUGGUGCAACGAUUGGUCGAGUUGUGGCUGGUGGAAAUGGAGAAGGAAACAAUCCUUAUCAAUUGAACUGUCCAAGAGAUGUAAUUAUUGAUAAAGAACGAGAUAGUCUUAUCAUUUGUGAUUACAAUAAUAAAAGAGUUGUUCGAUGGCCUCGUCAAAAUGGUACAGAUGGAGAAACAAUUAUUUCAAAUGUUGGGUGUUGGGGCUUGACAAUGGAUGAUAAUGGAUUUCUCUACGUUGUUGAUUGCGAUAAACAUGAAGUUAUACGAUAUCGAAUGGGAAAACGUCAAGAAACAGUCGUUGCAGGUGGAAAUGGACCAGGAAAUCGUCUCGAUCAAUUGUAUCAACCGACGUACGUAUCCGUCGAUCGAGAUCAUUCAGUUUACGUAUCAGAUUCCAUCAAUAAUCGUGUAAUGAAGUGGAUGAAAGAUGCGAAAGAAGGCAUUGUCGUAGCUGGUGAACAAAAUGAAGAAAAUAGUCUUACUCAAUUAUUAAAUCCGUUGGGAAUUGUCGUGGAUCAAUCAGGUACUGUUUAUGUGGUUGACAAUGGGAAUCAUCGAAUAAUGCGUUGGCCUCAAGGAGCUACACAGGGGAGAGUCAUCAUUGGUGGAAAUGAUCGAGCAAGCCAAUAUAAUCAACUCUAUGAUCCAAUUGGUUUGUCAUUUGAUCGAGAGGGCAAUCUCUAUGUGAGUGAAUAUGGCAAUCAUCGAGUACAAAAGUUCAAUAUUGCUCAAAAUUGA